AUGUUACGACUCCUUCUGCUGACCGCUCUCACCGCUCUGGUGCUUGCUGAGGAGGAAGAGCUUCAGCUUCGCUAUGUGGAGACUGUGGAGGAGAGAGUAGUGGGUGGUGAAAUAGCAAGACCAAAUUCCUGGCCCUGGCAGAUCUCCCUCCAGUAUAAAUCUGGCAGCAACUAUUACCAUACCUGUGGAGGCAGUCUGAUUCGGAAACAAUGGGUGAUGACUGCUGCUCACUGUGUUGACAGUCGUAGGACAUGGCGCGUUGUCCUUGGAGAUCAUAACAUCUCUGCCCAUGAGGGCAAGGAGCAGUACAUUGGAGUGAGUCAUGUCUACAUCCACCCAAACUGGAACUCCAACAGGAUCUCAAAUGGAUAUGACAUUGCUCUGCUCCGUCUGUCCAACGAGGCCGUUCUGAACUCCAACGUACAGCUGGCUCUUCUGCCUCCGUCUGGUCAGGUCCUGCCCCACAAUAACCCCUGUUACAUCACUGGCUGGGGCCGUACCUCUACUGGAGGUCAGCUCUCCUCUCAGCUGAAGCAGGCCUACCUGCCUGUGGUGGACCACAAGACCUGCUCCAGCGGUAGCUGGUGGGGAGGUUCUGUUAAAACUACCAUGGUUUGUGCUGGAGGUGGAAGUCUCUCUGGUUGCCAGGGUGACUCUGGAGGCCCUCUGAACUGUCAGGUCAGUGGAAGAUACUAUGUCCAUGGAGUUACCAGCUUUGUCUCUGCCCAAGGCUGCAACCAGCAAAGGAAACCAACCGUCUUCACUCGAGUGUCUGCCUACAUCAGCUGGUUGGAAAAUGUAAGCAACUCUAUAUUUUAUCUAUCAAAUAAUUACAAUAUGAACUUUCAUUUAUCAGUUGCACACAAAUAUCAUUCUGAAAAAUAA